UAUUGCUUAUAUAAAUCUUGCAUUCUCCUAAACUGAUUUACUAAAUUAUUUUUCAUGUUUUGUUAUUCUUUAGUUUCUGAGUUUGAAGUGAAAGAUCCUGAUCAAACUCAAAAGUACGAAACUCACUUAGAACAGAGCAGCUGUGCAAAAUGUAAUUCAGAGAAAUACUUAAAAGACGACAAAGACGAAAAAGUGUCUGAAAAUAUAAUUCCAAACAGCACAAGUGAAGAAACUUCUUGUGAACUCGAUGCUACAAAACAGUUUCCGAUUAAAAACGUGCCAGAAACUCCAUUGUCUCCUGCACAAAUCACAUCGAUUGUAAACGGCGGUUAUACAAUACGACCAUUAUAUAGAGCGUUUUUGGAUCUGGAAGAAAAUUCGUUAGUAUGUGAUGUAAUAUAUGAAGAGGACGAGCUUAACUAUGAAGACGAUCUAUCGGAAACAUCUGAUGAUCUGUCUUAUAUAAAUAGCAUGGAAUCAGAUAUCAUGUCAAUUGAAGACGGAAUUUCUGAUAACAUAAAUAGAAACGAAGUAUUUGACAACUGUAAUGUGAAAGAAAAUAUAAUAACGGAUCAAUAUCAUUCGUCUGUUUAUGAAAGAUGUGAAUUAGAGUCGACUCCUGUUCAUGUGAAAUCAUUCGAAUUAAAUUCAACAAACAAAAUGGAUGAAUUUUUCGACGAAUUACCUGCGUCCGAUUGUGAAAACAUUGUAGAUGAAUAUUCUUCGUUCAAAAAUCCUAGCAAAGUACUUGAAAAAAACUUCAUUACAAAAUUACCUAAUACAAAUGAAUACAUAAUAGAAAAUGAAUUUUUACCAAUUCGGUUUAAUGAAAGGAAAUUUUCAUUAAAUAUGAAAGAUUCAAAAAUUAAUGAAAAUGUUGCAAAUGAUGCAGUCGGAUCAGAAGAAUUUGAUAAAGAAAACAAUAAGAAAGACAAAAAGGACAAAAUCCAAAUCGUAAAUGAAUUUCCUGAUUUGGAAGAAAUCAAUUAUUGUGGCUCUCAAUGUUUAGUGGAAGAAGUAUCCAAGCCACAAACAAAAAAAGAAAAGGAGACAAGAUGCAUGGACGUCUUCAGAUACGUUCUUCGCAGGCUUGGAAAUUUACUUCUCCCUUGCCUGAGAACAAAAGAUUAAUAACUUCUUCAAUGAAACCUGCACGUGAAUUAAAAAAUGAGUAUAAUUUGCCGUGCUGUAAUAACUAUACUUGAUAAAAAAUAUAUCGUGAUUAUAUUUUUCGUUUGAUCUUUUCAAAAUUCUAUUUAAUUAUUGUAAAAAGUAAUUAGCAAACAUUUAAAUAAAAAUAAAAAAUCUCCCUUUGGUUGGUGUUGCAUUUUUAUUGAAUUUUCGCCAUUCUUUAAUG